ACGGCCGUCGUCUACAUCGGAGAUAAUCUAAUCAUGACAUAUGCUGUUUAUAUUUCAGUCAUUGGGUCGUCUACUACAUAAAGGAUUCUUAACUGGCUGAUAAAUAACCAUGCGCCUCCAUGCAAGUUCGAUUUCACGUCAACACCCUACUCUAUAUUGACAGAGAUAUCUAUUUAAUGUCUCCAACAAAAGAUUAAAGCUAGCAGCGAACGUAUACAUUCAAUAACAUGGAUAAUUCAUUGACGGCGGUUCGGCAACAAAGAGUGCCAUCGGGCUUGACAAACGACACGGCGGUGGGGAGAAGCUCAGGGGACAGGAACGCUGCGGACGAGGGUGGUGGAUCUAGGGACAGAAUACCAGUGGCUCCUUACCGAGAAGGGUCGGAACAAGGUUACGGUGCCAAGAGGAAUGACGUAAUUGUUGAAGAAGACGAACCAGAGUCAAAAGAGAACUCGCGUCCAUGUAGUGCCGAUAUCCGUGGUUUAGAAAAAGCAAGAGCGGUGAGUCGUAGCGCUGUGAAACCCAAACCCGUCGUCGACGAUGACGUAACGACUGAGACCGACAACGCUAUCGCAACUGCCGAGGCUCUCACUGAGCUUAUCGAAGAACGCCUUCGAAACAUCCGAGGUAAUUCUGAUAUCGGACACAGAAGACCGUUGUCUGGAACCAAGUCUCACAGUAGACCUUCAAGUGGCAACUGUCAAACUGGCCCUCCUUUAAAUGGUGAAGGUAAAAGUAACAGACCUUGGAGUGGACACAGGUUACGUCAGUUAAGUGGGUCACCGGACAGCAACAGGAACAAACCGGGACGUCCGUUAAGCGGAACCAAACCCCGACCUCAGAGCGGAACACCAACCUCCCGGCCAUCUAGUGCUGUAGACAGUCCGGGUCGGGGGUUGAAAGGUAGGGAGGCUCGUCUUAAUGCUCAAAAUGUAACAAAGCCUGUUGGAAACUACAUUAAUUCCCGUCCAUCGAGUGGAGUUCACAAUCAAGCCCCGAUUACUGCUAUCUUACAUACGGGUCCCAGACCAUCGUUCAGGUCCUUCUAUCAGGUAUCCGACACGGUCUCCAGGAUACGGAAAUGGAGCCAGGCUAAAUACCGGCGUCGCCAGGCCUUGGAUUCAAGAGGGUCCUCAGAAUCCAGAAGAAGCAAGCGUUCCACUGACUCGCGGAGAUCUCGGCACAGCAACCGGCGCCAUCAGGACAUGGCUGAUGCUAUUGACAAUGCUGAGGAGUCGGAGGCGGCUGCCAAGAGAAGGCGGACAAGAACCUUCGCAUGGUACUCCCGUGUCAUCAAGGCCGUGGUCAAGCUAUGCCUGGAUAUGCAAAAGCUCUCGAUGCAGAAAACGGAACAGACGCCCAUCUCCGAGAUGUACUACAUCAACAUCAGCGGCCCCAGCGCCGGCAACGAUGACCCAACGCAACAACUGUUCUUUGACAAGUCCUGGUUUUCGAGGAAGAGAGCGACAUCCCGAGUGCCUCUUUGGGCCCAGGCAGUCACAAUCAAACACCCCAACUUCCGCACGGAAGAGGAAGUUCAGAGGUUACAUACGCUUCUACUGAACAUGCGCAGUUUCAAGGAAAAGUUCACAGAGGACAUGCGCCUGAAGAUGUGCAAGGUCAUCCGGUACACUCAGUGCGAUGCGGGCCGGGUGAUACUGAGACAGGGCCACUACGCAAGACUUUACUUCAUCUUCACCGGGUCCGUGUUUAUCCAGAUCGACUUGGAGGACCCUACACCGACUGUCACCACCACCACCGAGAACGUCAUCAGGAACGGGGAAUCCUUUGGGGAAAUCGCUCUGAUGGGGACGGGGAGAGGUCGGCUCUGUGUGAUCUGUCGGGAGCCGACGGAGUUGUUCCAGAUUGACAAGACAACCUUCAUGGAUGUGUGUCCAGGUAUUUUCAAGGUGGAGCUGUCAGAGAAAAUGGCAUUCGCAAAGAGGUUCCCCAUCUUCAAUGGUUGGGACCAUGAGCAGUUUGAGAACCUGUGCUUCAACUCCCAGGUGCUCUAUAUUCCCCACGGCCGCACCAUUGAGCAGGACUGGUCAAAGGCCAACUACGUGUACUUCGUCAUGACCGGCCGGGUUUCGCUGCUGAAGCGGUUCAGUGUCAGCGACAUGCUGGACCUCACGGCCAAGGGCAUGAUGGACAAAGAGCUGCACUACCGCAAGCCGGAGAAUGAGGAGGUUGGAGGAGGCAAGAAGAAACAGGCCUGUGUAGGCUGCAUCAGAGAGGGAGAAAGCACGGACCUGCGUCUGCUGUCGCUGGAGCCUUCCUCUUCCAUCGCCUCCAUCACACUGUUGAGUGAAGGUGUAAAGCUGCUCAGGGUUGCUGUUAGGACGUUCAAGAGGAUGUGUCCUCGGAGACAGGUUGAGGACUACCUGAAAAAGGACUACACGCCCAUAGAUAUCCCAUCGAACUCCGAGAUCUGCGAGAAGGUCUUCAAGGAUACCAUCUGGACGUCGUACAAGAAGAGCGUGGUGCGGACGGUGGAGUUGGAACAGUCGGGGUUUGCCAUCGCCCACCUCCCCGCCACGGUGAAGGGGACAAGUGGGUGGGCUCGGUGGCCUGGAUUUGAUGACGAGGCUGAGGAGAAGACAGGGCGCCUUACCUAUAAGACCACCAGAUCAUACUAUGACAGCCUCAAACGCACGGUCUGCGAGUACCUGCUCUGCAGUGUGACAGAUACUGGGCGGAAUUAA